GCCGCCGCCGCCGGCCCCGCCCCCGGGCACCAUGCUGCCCUCGCAGGAGGCCUCCAAGCUCUAUCACGAGCACUACAUGCGGAAUUCGCGGGCCAUCGGCGUGCUAUGGGCCAUCUUCACUAUCUGCUUCGCCAUCAUCAACGUGGUGGUCUUCAUCCAGCCCUACUGGGUGGGCGACAGCGUGAGCACCCCUAAGCCUGGCUACUUCGGCCUCUUCCACUACUGUGUGGGCAGCGGGCUGGCCGGCCGCGAGCUCAUCUGCCGCGGCUCGUUCACUGACUUCAGCAGCAUCCCGUCCGGCGCCUUCAAGGCGGCCGCCUUCUUCGUGCUGCUCUCCAUGGUGCUGAUCCUCGGCUGCAUUACCUGCUUUGCGCUUUUCUUCUUCUGCAACACGGCCACGGUCUACAAGAUCUGCGCCUGGAUGCAGCUCUUGGCAGCUCUGUGCCUCGUGCUGGGCUGCAUGAUCUUCCCCGAUGGCUGGGACUCCGAGACGAUCCGGGACAUGUGCGGGACCAAGACCGGGAAGUACUCCUUGGGGGACUGUUCCGUGCGCUGGGCGUACAUCCUGGCCAUCAUUGGCAUCCUCAACGCCCUCAUCCUCUCCUUCCUCGCCUUCGUGCUGGGCAACCGGCAAACAGACCUGCUGCAGGAGGAGCUCAAGCAGGACAACAAAGAUUUUGUGAGCUCUACAGUAAGCUCCGUGUUGCGGCCAGGGGGCGAUGUCUCCAGCUGGGGAGUCCUCCCCUGUCCUGUUGCUCACUCACAGGGACCCUGAAGGCCAGGAUCGCAGCCCAGGAAUUGACCUGCCUUCAGAGUGUCCCAUCGGUUGUCCUCUCACCCUCCAUUCAAGCUCUGAGGGAAGACCCCAAUCUCGGACUGACUUCUCAUCUGCUACCUGCCUGCCAGCUCCAGACUUUGAAGACAGGUUGGGGCUGGAUGCAGGCUGAGAGGGAGGAGAGAGGCCCAGCAGAACCUGAAGGGCCUGAUUUUGCCCCUCCCUCAACUGACCUAAGGGAGGUGAACAUCCCUUGGGGUCUCCUCUCCUCUCCCUCCUGGCCUGGGGGCCCUGCUGUAUCCAGGGAGAGGAGACACUGUGAUCCCAGGGCCCCAGGCUCCCUCAGUCUGGGAGCAGCUGCCUGGCUGUAUCCUUGCCUCCUCUGGUCUCUGCCUCCCGCAGAAACUUAUUUAAGACACUGCCCCAGGGCAACCGAACUCUUUCCUACUUUUCUUUUCUUUUCUUUUUUUUUUUUUGGUCUGAUGAUGGUUCCAUCACAUCUUUGCAGAGCUCCAGGCAUCACUAGCCUCCCCAGGGCCGCUCUGCCCCUACUGCAGCGUGCUCCCAGCUCUCCCAAAGGAGUUUGAGCUGCACCGAGGGAGAAAGCACAGGGCCUCCCUGUCAACUGGCGCCCAGUUCAGCCCAGAGUCUGAGGAAAAAAACAGACAGGCUCUAAGGGAACUGCGGCUGGGAGUGUGGCUCUGCCUGGGGCUGGCCUGGCCUCGCCUCUCUGCUGGGAUGUCUCACCACUGACUGGACCCUUGACCCCAGCCUGUUUUGUACAGCACAGACUCUUUGGCCCUGUUGUUAGGGUUGGAGGUUGGGGAGGGGGCCUAACCAUGGGGCAUUAGGGGAAGUAUCACCCCUCUGCCCCUUCUCAUGCCAACUGACCCUGGCAUUUGCCAAGGGCAGAGACUGUCUUGCCUCUUUGAUACUUUUCUGCAUAACUUGAACUUGCAGGUCACCUCUGAACAGGGUACCCCCUGUCCCCAUCCCCAGGCCUUGUAACCCAGUCUCCACACCUCUUCCUUCUCUUUGCCCACCUCUCGCCUUGCGACAUGCCCAGGGUCUGCAGCCCAAUGGGCAGUGCUUGGAGCCGAGGCAUGAGUG